AUGGUGCGAAACAGAGAGUUCAAUUAACUCUGGAAUUUGCAAGAUUAAAAUAAUAAAAUAAACAAUGUUGGCGAAUACAAUAGAUAUGGUAAAAAAAAAGGUAGGUGGGAUAUUAUGUAUUGCAAAGAUGGAGAUGAAGAAUACAUAUAAAAGUAAAAAAAGUUCUUAAUUAUUUAAGUGGAGGUGGAUCAUAUAAUAAUGAAUAAGAUAGAAUUACAAGAAAAAUAGGAGAUUGGAUAGAGUUAGUUGAUGAAUCUAGGUGGAUAGGAUAGAUAAUUAAUCUUGGUCAAUAUAAUGAAGUUGGAAUAAAAGCUGGAAUUUGGGUAAAAAUGGAUUUAGAUAAAAAUAAAAAACUUGAUGAAAUCAAAUAUAUUAAUUGA